AGAAAAGAUGGAUAACAUAUGGUUAUGGUGCAAUUUGAGGUACCCCUUUGACUCUCAGUUCGUUGGACUCUUUGAAUAAUUCAGUAACAGACUAAAAAAUAGCUAAAUAGAGAAAUAAAAAAAGGAAAGAAAAUCUAACUCCAUUAAUCCUCACUUCUUCAGACACAACAAACACAUCAAAUCAAAAUUAAAGGAGAAAAUCGAGCAAGAUUCGGGACCGAAUUCGUACUAAUUAGAUCCUCAUGCACGUCUAUCUUUUAGAUGAUCUGACAGGUAAUUGAUCAAAAUGUCCAAUCCAGUGGAGGAAAUUGUUAGUGAAUCAACAGUGGAGAAUAAGCAUAAAGCCUUUAAGCACAAUGAUUCUUCUACUUCUGCAUCAUCAACAGAUGAUGAUGAUUUUAUGAGGCGCCCAGUCCAGAAUAACAACAAGUCCAAACCAAUUCACUCUACUUUAGUUGCUGAUAUUUUACUAUGGAGGAACAAGAAGAUUUCAGGAGGAAUGUUUGCUUGUGCCACUGUCAUAUGGUUUCUCUUUGAAUGUACUGGUUAUCAUUUGCUCACUUUCAUUUGCCAUUCUCUAAUAGUCUCAUUGGCCAUCUCCUUCUUUUGGUCCAAUCUCUCCUUCUUUGUCAACAAGCGUUUUAUAGAGUUACCAAAGAUUGAAUUGCCAGAAGAGUCAUGGAUGCAAUUUGUCCUCUUACUGAGGGAUCAAUGCACCUGCGCAUUUGGUAUCUUUCGGGAAGUAGCAUCCGGAGAUGAUUUGAAGAAGUUUCUUUAUGCGAUUUUUGGCUUGUGGAUUGUUUCCAUUGUUGGAAGAUGGUUCAGUUUGUUGACCCUUGUAUACCUCAUAUUUGUCAUGAUGUUGACGGUGCCAUGUUUGUAUGAGAAGUAUGAAGAUCAAGUAAAUGCCUACGGAAAAAUGGCUAUAAAAGAACUCAGGAAACAGUAUAGUCAAGUGGAUGAGAAGGUUCUUCAGAAAAUACCAAUUCCUUUUAUAAAAGACAGUAAGCACGACUGAUGCAACUCUUCUCUCAGGCAGAUGUUCCUUCACUUCAAGAGUAGAUGCAGACUUUCAGCUUAUUUUUGUUUCAUAAGCAGUACUAAAUGUUAUAACACUCGGUUUCAUCUUGCAAUAUCGGCUAACUUAUCCAACCUUGGCUUAGACGGGUGGCUCUAGUGGCUUUUCCCUCAAUCCAAGCCCGCCCUAGUCCUUCCAUUCAUGCAUUUUGUUAGUUAGUGUAGGAAAGUUGUUACA